UCCGCGCGCCAGGGGUCAGUUAUUGAAUUCGCGCUGCUAAAUCCCGGCCAAGGCUGUGCAGACUGUCGCGCGGCUGCAGGAUGAGCGAGGCAGACAGGCUGCGGCAACGUCGGCCCCUGCGGCCGCAGGUUGUCACAGAUGAUGGUCAGGCCCCGGAGGUCAAGGAGGGCAGUUCCUUUAGUGGCAGAGUUUUCCGAAUGACCUUCUUGAUGCUGGCUGUUUCUCUUGUCGUUCCCUUGCUUGGAGCCAUGAUGCUGUUGGAGUCCCCCAUAGAUCCUCAGAGUCUCAGCUUCAAAGAACCCCCUUUUAUGCUUGGUGUUUUGAAACCAAAUACGAAGUUGCGAGAAGCAGAAAGGUUAUUUGAAAACCAACUUAGUGGACCGGAGUCCCUAGUAAAUAUUGGGGAUGUGAUGUUUACUGGCACAGCAGAUGGCCGAGUUGUAAAACUUGAAAAUGGGGAAAUAGAGACCAUCGCCCGGUUUGGUUCAGGCCCUUGCAGAGGUAAUCUGGUCUUGGAGUACCCAGUGGACCCCAUGCAUGGUGUCUGUAUAGGGAGGUAUGGAAGAGAUACUUGGACACUGAAGAGGGCACAGGUAGAAUCUUGGAGCAGCCGCCGAUUCCUGUCGUUUAUCUUCCUAGAAACCCGAGAUGAUGAACCUACUUGUGGGAGACCCCUGGGCAUCCGGGCAGGGCCCAAUGGGACUCUUUUUGUGGUUGAUGCAUACAAGGGACUGUUCGAAGUAAAUCCCCAGAAACGUUCAGUGAAAUUGCUGCUGUCCUCUGAGACUCCCAUUGAGGGCAAGAAAAUGUCCUUUGUGAAUGAUCUCACUGUCACUCGGGAUGGGAGAAAAAUUUAUUUCACGGAUUCUAGCAGCAAGUGGCAGAGGCGGGACUACCUGCUCCUGGUGAUGGAGGGCACUGAUGAUGGGCGCCUAUUGGAGUAUGAUACUGCGACAAAAGAAGUGAAGGUUUUGCUGGACGAGUUACGGUUCCCUAAUGGAGUUCAGCUUUCUCCCGAGGAAGACUUUGUCCUGGUGGCAGAGACAACCAUGGCCAGGAUACGAAGAGUCUAUGUGUCUGGCCUGAUGAAAGGAGGGGCAGAUAUAUUCGUGGAGAACAUGCCUGGAUUUCCUGACAAUAUCCGGCCCAGCAGCUCCGGCGGGUACUGGGUUGCUGCUUCGACCAUUCGUGCUAAUCCUGGGUUUUCCAUGUUGGAUUUCUUAUCUGAGAAGCCCUUUAUUAAAAGAAUGAUUUUUAAGCUGUUCAGUCAGGAGACAGUGAUGAAGUUUGUGCCGCGGUAUAGCCUGGUCCUGGAAGUCAGUGACAGUGGUGCCUUCCGGAGAAGCCUUCAUGAUCCUGAUGGACUGGUGGUCACCUAUGUGAGUGAGGCACAUGAACAUGAUGGACACCUGUACCUGGGCUCCUUCAGAUCUCCCUUCAUCUGCAGACUCAGCCUCCAGUCUAUUUAGCCAGUACCGCAGCUGCCCCCACUGCAUGCUGGGAAUCAUCACACUCAGCCAUCAUAGGUCUGGAAGGAGCCAUGGACGUAACUCUGUCCUUGUGUUCCUGUUAGUUCUUGGAAAUGUGGGAGUAGCUGCUGCAACCUGGAGAAGGUAUGGGCCCCAAGAGGUGCCUCUCACCUGGACUUGAUGUUAUUUAUACUGUAUCUGCUAUAGGGAAGACAAUUCAUGGAAAGCCAUUUUCUGUUAAAAAUUAUGCUAAAUACAAGAAUUCUCUAGGAGUUGGAAAAUUUCAUACACUUGUCACAGGGCUCAGGGUUUGCUAUUAGAGCAGGAGAUUAGCUGUAGAUUAGCUGUGCAGGGACAUUUCUGUUGCCGUUGGCUCUGACUGCCACCUUCAAUGUCUUCAUUCUAAAGUGGGGUCAUGCUAUUGGGGGUGGGGUGGAAGUGCCAUUAUGGGUGUGUUCAGGCUGCUGAAACUCGUUCUCAGUGGCCAUGUGAGAUACGUGAGAAUACCUGGACUCCUGGCAUUCUUCCAUAGCAAAGGAGUGCCCUCUUACCCUCUACAAGCCUCUUUUCAUGCCAGAGGGUUUUCAAGAUUUCCAUUUCAGUGGCCAAGAGGAUUUCACUGGCUUCUUUCUGUGACUACCUCCUCCACUGGAAUUGGGUGACCCAGUGAGUCUGUACCUGCACAGGGGUGCUUUAGAAAUGUCCUCUUUAUGGCUUGAUUCCUUACCUUUAGACCUCCAGAUGUAAGUAACAACCUGUUGAUGUAAUGUGUGCUAAUGUAAUAAGCUCAGAGUUGCUUAUUUCUUGGCAGGUAUGUUUAUACACUGGUCUAAUUUUGAUAAUAAUAAAAAAGAGUAUUAAGCAUA